AUGCCGGCGUGGCGGCUGCUCCAGCAGCAAGCCGAGGCGCGUGCUCGCUUGCAUGCCCCGCUGCUCCUUGCCACGUGCCGCCCUGGCAGCAGCUCCCAGCCACCGCAGUCUUGGCCUUGCUGCUCCAAGCUCAAUGUCCCUGUUUUCUCCACAGGAGGCUUUGCCACCUUCUCAUCCUGCUUCCCAGGGCUCUGUGAGGGGAAGCCAGCUGCCAUCCUGCCGAUGAGCAUCUCCCAGCCAUGCUUGCCUGUGGCCAACGUUGGCCCCACACGCAUCCUGCCACAUCUCUACCUGGGCUCCCAGAAGGAUGUCCUGAACAAGGACCUGAUGACACAGAACGGGAUAAGCUAUGUCCUAAAUGCCAGCAACUCCUGUCCCAAGCCAGAUUUCAUCUGUGAUAGUCACUUCAUGCGCAUUCCUGUCAAUGACAACUACUGUGAGAAGCUGCUUCCCUGGCUGGACAAGUCCAUUGAAUUCAUCGACAAAGCUAAGGUGUCCAGCUGCCAGGUGAUUGUGCACUGCUUGGCUGGGAUCUCCCGGUCAGCCACCAUUGCCAUCGCCUACAUCAUGAAGACCAUGGGUAUGUCAUCAGAUGAUGCUUACAGGUUCGUUAAGGACCGUCGCCCAUCCAUCUCGCCCAACUUCAACUUCCUGGGCCAGCUCCUGGAGUACGAGAGGAGCCUGAAGCUCCUCAAGGCCCUCAAGUCAAAGGGUGACUGGGGCGAGGGGGACACCCAGCAGGACCCAGCAGAGGUGGCUGAGAGCAGCCGGCAUCCCCUAACACCUACCUCAGAGAAGGCCGAGGACGUGCCGAGGAGCACCGGCUCGGCGUCCCCCACCAGUGACCCCGAGCGGCAGGGCGGGACCCCGAAGGUCCUGUCACCCACCACCCUGCAGCAGGGGCUCAAUGGCUUGCACCUCUCCUCCGAGCGCAUCCAGGACACCAACCGUCUGAAACGCUCCUUCUCCCUGGACAUCAAGUCCGCCUACUCCCCCGGCCUGCGGCAGGACCCCCCUGGGCCCUCUGGACCUGGGGAAGCCCCCAAACUCUGCAAGCUGGACAGCCCCUCGGGCUCGGGCAGCCUCAGCCCCUUCUCCCCAGGGGCGGACAGCCCCGACCGGCCCACGGGGCCCGAGCUCCUGCUGGAGGCCAAGGUGAGGCAGCGGCGGAAGCACCGGCACGCGGCGGGCUCGCCGGCCCACGGGCUCAGCCUCAACGUUGGCGGGACCUGCGCCACGCGCAAGAGCCCCGGCGCCGAGGACGGGCUGCCACCACGGCUCAGCCAGCCGCCCGCCGCGCCCGCCACCGCCACCGCGGCCUGGAGCGGGGUGCACCUGGAGUCCCCCAGCUCUGCCUCGGGCGAGGCUGGCUGGUUCUUCGGCAAGGACUCCGGCAGCGGCGGCGGCAGCGGCGGGGGCCUGUUCGCCAGCGCGGGCCCGUACCCUGCGCCAUUCGGCUGCGGCACCGUGGCGGCUGGCUGCGAGAUCAGACUGAGGGACAAGGCGCGCGCCGAGCCACGGGACGGGCGGCACAGCUGGCAUGAGGAGGCCGGCGCCGAGAAGCAGUUCAAGCGGAGGAGCUGCCAGAUGGAAUUCGAGGAGACCAUGUCCGAGGGCAGGGCUCGGGAAGAGCUGGGCAAAAUCAGCAAACAGUCCAGCUUUUCGGGCAGCAUGGAGAUCAUCGAGGUGUCCUGACACUCACUGGGGGUGCCU